CUUCAAUCUUUGGUGUUGGCUCGGUUUUGAGAAAACACGUGAGCAUCACGUGCGUCUUCUUCUUCAACAUCUCUGACCCCUAAAACUUCAAAACAUCUCUCAAACCACCGACGGCGACUUGAAAUAUCGAUUGCUGGACGUCGGAAUUUGUCGCCACCGGAAUUUUUUACAUGUGAAAAACUCGUCUGUAAAGAUGAUGAACAUAUCUGCUCGAUCCAAAUUCCAAAAGAGGAGUAUCUCAACUCUACCUCAUCUAUGUCAGAGAUUUAAACAAACAGAGAAGGAGAUUGUUCAGAUGUUUAGUGAACCGAAUCAUGAGGAAUCUGAGAAGCCUCAAGAGAAGUGGAAACUAUCUAGAAAGGAUCCAUCAGUGAAGAUGUUGGAUGAGAGAUUCAUUAGGAUAGUGAAAAUCUUCAAAUGGGGACCUGAUGCUGAGAAAGCCUUGGAUGUGCUUAAACUUAAAGUGGAUCAUCGAUUAGUUCGUUCCAUUCUUGAGAUAGACGUUGAGAUUAAUGUCAAGAUUCAGUUUUUCAAAUGGGCUGGUAAAAGAAGGAACUUUCAGCAUGAUUCCUCCACUUACAUGACCUUAAUACGUUGCCUUGAAGAAGCUAGGCUUUAUGGUGAAAUGUAUAGAACGAUACAAGAGGUGGUUCGUAACACAUAUGUUAGUGUUAGCCCUUCUGUGCUCUCUGAGCUUGUGAAAGCAUUGGGGAGAGCUAAGAUGGUUGGUAAGGCCUUGUCGGUUUUUUAUCAGGCGAAAGGACGCAAGUGCAAACCCACUUCGAGCACUUACAACUCGGUGAUUCUAAUGUUGAUGCAAGAAGGACAGCACGAGAAAGUCCAUGAGGUUUAUACUGAGAUUUGAUUUUUGUAAGAGUUGAUUUCUCUAAAUGGAAUAACAAAAAAAUGAAAAAAGAAAUAGAAGCUGAAAGAUUA